UUACAAUUUGUGUACACCACAUCGCUUGUCACCGAUACCGGUAUACGCCGCGGCAACUGCACACUUUCAGCGCGGGAACCGCUUUCAGUCCUUGGUGUCAGCAACCCAGUCGACUUCUGCCUUCCCCUGUCGUAAAACCUUUUUUUUCUUCAUAACUUUUAGCUGCAAUUCUAAAAAUUUAAAGUUAUGCAGAUGAUGGGCUUCGGGGGUGACGAUAUGCUGGACGAAUGGGAGUGGCCGGUCGACUGCAAGGCCCAGCGAGAGAUGGAGAGCCAUCUGCGCUGCCAGAUCUGCGGCGACUUCUUCCACGGCCCCGUGCUGUUGCCCUGUUCACACACAUUCUGCUCGGCGUGCGUGCGUCGCUUCCUGCAGAGUAAAGGGGCGCACGGCUGCUGUCCGUCAUGUAAACAGCCCUGCACGUCGCGGGAUUUAGUACCGAACCGUGCACUAGAGCAGGUGGCGCUGCUAUUCGAAAAAUCUAAGCCAGAGCUUCUAAGGAGACUGCAGGGUACAAAAGCGCCGAGUUCAGCGACCUCCACGCCUAACACAGAGAGUGGCAAGACCAGGAAGGCCAAGCAAGACAAGCCGGAAAGAAUGCCACUCAUGUCCUACAGUGUCAUGCGCGACAAGGAAGUGAGGAAGCUGCUGGACUCGAUCAACGUCCGAGUACCGACUAAGAAUCGCGAUGAGAUUAUUCAGAUUCACAAAGAGUACGUGCUGCUGUCGAACGCACAGGCAGAUUCAGUCAACCCGAAGAGUACAGCUCAGCUACGAGAGGAAGUGGUGCGGAAUCACUUUGCGAGAAUGCAGCAAAAAGCCAAGACAGACGCGCUCAAGCGCAGCAGCGAAAACGCAGGAAGCGGGAACGCAGCGUCGCCGUCGCCAGGAGUGUCGGUACAGAUGCGUGCCAACUUUGAGAAACUCCGACAGGAUAUUGCAGACCGGAAAGCAGGAAAAAAGCCCCCGACGCCAGCGACUGAUACUUCGUCCACAAGUACUCCAGCAAAGUCACAGAAGAAGAGAACGGAGGAAGAUGCAUCGUCUGUGGGCGUGUGGCGUCACUUUUGUGCUUUGGACACGAGCAUCAAGCAAGAAUUUUACGUCAACUCGGUGACACACGAGAUUCGAACUGAAUUGCCGUCGCCACUUGUUCAGGAGCAGUCGCCGGCGAAUCGCUAUGAUGACCUGAAUGGUGUUGCGCGUGCUGUAGCCGAGAAAGAGUCAACCGCAGUAGGUCAGGGUAAUGCAGCCAAGGCGGUGACUCCAUUAAAGGCCAAAGCACGGGCCAAGCGAGCAAUUGCACCGGCAUUUGCUUCACCCGACGCUACUUCCGAAUUCCAGAGAGCUACAGAGGAGAUCGUUGUCUCAGACAACGAGGACGCCGAGGAAGAAGAGCUAGACGGAAAGAAGAAGCGAGAAAGCUUAGGGAAGCACGCUCGGAGUAGUGACGGUGCUGGUUCGACAGCAGAUACCGUCGUUGAUGUGACCGAAGACGGGAGUGAGACGCCCAGCGAAUGGCAGUGCUCACGGUGUACAUUAAUCAACGAAGCGAAGUGUCAGCAGUGCGAAGCAUGCGGCUACGAGUCUGUCUCUGCUCCGGUCAAGAAGCGCCUGCGUAAGAAGAUGCACUUCCAAAGCAAAAUAUCUUUGUCAUAGACCCUCAGAAUAUCAUUUAGCAGUCGAACUCAACAACUCUUGUCAUCCUUCGCUCUACGAGAGCAGCGCCUUGAACUCAUCGUACUCAAUUUCUCCGCUCCCGUCCGUGUCUAGCUCGUCCAGCAUGCG